AUUAGGUAUUAUAAACUAGAGAUGAUUUAAACUAUGAGGGGGGAAUGUGUUUAGUUUGUAUGCAAAUACUGUGCCAUUUUAUAUCAGGGACUUGAGCACCUGUGGAUUAGUAUCUACAGCGUCCUGGAACCCAUCUGCCACAGAUUCCUUGGAUCAACUGCGUUCUAUGCAGUUCUUCUCUAUGGGUUUCCCCUAGGCAUCUUAGAAAGAGGAGGAGCAAAGUGACUCAGGUGUGUUGCCCGCUGUGUGAACACUACUUCCCAUCUGACCCUAAUAGAGUUAUUUGAAGCAUUUAUUUUAAUCCCUUACAUUUGAGGAAAGUGAGAAAUGUAAUUUCCUUACAUUUGGGAAAAAUGAAACUGAGAGAAGGUGAUUGAUUUGCUUAAGGGCCGAGAGCUAGUGAGUGGUUAAGCAAAGGUUCCAGUCUAAACUCUGUCUCCAAGCCUGUGCUUUUUCCACUCCACCCUUCAUGCAGCCUCUGAGAAGGAAGCUACACAGCCCUAGAAGCUACAAGUUUGCUAGUUCUGUGUUAAGAUUAUGAAAUAUAGGGGUCAAGACCCUGGAGACCUCCUGAGUUCAAAUCUGCCACUUUCUAGCUGUGUGACCUUGGUGGCUGGUGAAACGAGCUAUAGAAACAAAAGAAGAGAUGGGUGACUAUAUCCGCUCCUACUCUGUAUCCCAGUUCCAGAAGACUUACAGUCUCCCUGAGGAUGAUGACUUCAUAAAGAGAAAAGAAAAGGCCAUCAAGACAGUUGUGGACCUCUCAGAAGUGUACAAGCCCCGUCGGAAAUACAAACGCCACCAGGGAGCAGAGGAGCUGCUUGAUGAAGAAUCUCGAAUCCAUGCUACGCUUUUGGAAUAUGGCAGGGUAACUGAUUCCUUGAUGAGAUACGGAUUUAGCCGCCAGAGCGAAACGGAGAAGGCUGAGGACAAGAAAACGGCGCUUGCAGCAGGGCUGUCAGCUACAGAAAAAGCUGAUGCCCACGAGGAAGAUGAGCUUCGAGCAGCUGAAGAGCAGCGUAUUCAGUCGCUGAUGACCAAGAUGACCGCCAUGGCAAAUGAGGAGAGCCGUCUCACCGCAAGCUCCGUGGGCCAGAUCGUGGGACUCUGCUCUGCCGAGAUCAAGCAGAUUGUGUCCGAGUAUGCGGAGAAGCAGUCUGAGCUAUCAACUGAAGAAAGUCCAGAAAAAUUAGGAACCUCCCAGCUACAUCGUCGGAAAGUCAUUUCCUUGAACAAGCAGAUUGUACAAAAGACCAAACAUCUUGAAGAGCUGCGAGCAAAUCACACCAGCCUACAAGCCAGAUAUAAUGAAGCCAAGAAAACGCUGACAGAGCUUAAGACUUACAGUGAGAAACUGGACAAAGAGCAAGCAGCCCUCGAGAAGAUAGAAUCCAAAGCUGAUCCAAGUAUCCUACAGAACCUGAGAGCACUUGUAGCCAUGAAUGAAAAUCUGAAAAGUCAAGAACAGGAAUUUAAAGCACAUUGUCGAGAGGAGAUGACACGGCUACAGCAAGAAAUUGAAAACCUGAAAGCUGAGAGAGCACCACAUGGAGAUGAAAAGACCCUCUCCAGUGGAGAGCCGCCUGGUACCUUGACCUCUGCAAUGACUCAUGACGACGACCUAGACAGACGGUAUAAUAUGGAGAAAGAGAAACUUUACAAGAUACGUUUACUACAGGCUCGAAGAAAUCGAGAAAUAGCAAUUUUGCACCGCAAGAUUGAUGAAGUCCCUAGCCGUGCCGAGCUAAUACAGUACCAGAAGAGAUUUAUUGAACUCUACCGCCAGAUUUCAGCAGUGCACAAAGAAACCAAGCAGUUCUUCACUUUAUAUAAUACCCUGGACGAUAAAAAGGUUUAUUUGGAAAAAGAGAUUAGUCUGCUGAACUCAAUUCAUGAGAACUUCUCACAAGCCAUGGCCUCCCCUGCUGCCCGGGACCAGUUUUUACGUCAGAUGGAACAGAUUGUGGAAGGAAUUAAGCAAAGUAGAAUGAAGAUGGAAAAGAAAAAGCAAGAGAACAAAAUGAGAAGAGACCAGUUGAACGACCAGUACUUGGAGCUGUUAGAAAAGCAGAGGCUAUACUUUAAGACUGUGAAAGAGUUCAAGGAGGAGGGCCGCAAGAAUGAGAUGCUGCUGUCCAAGGUGAAAGCGAAGGCCUCCUGAACAUCCCCAGCCAUGGUUGUAUGUCAUUGAUUUUACUUUUAAGCACCGUGUAUCAACUACAAGAUCAUGCAAUGGUUCUGAAAGCGACAGUAGAGAGAUGCAGGUGUAAUGGUUUCCACAACCUGGAUGUUUUCUUUCUCCUCUUUGCUUCCAUUCAUCUCUGUUGGCUGCUGUUGAUGGAAUCAGACCGUAAACAUGUGGCUUGGAUAACACCCGUCAUCCUGUGAAGAAUGUCGGCAGUACUUUUCUCUGUUGAUCAACUUUUAUGUCUCCAGUAACAUUGCACUUACAAAGGUACCUGUAUUUGUGUGGACUCUGAAUAAAGAAGAAUUCAUUUGUUUAGCAAGUAUUAAUUGAGCACCCACUGAGAAAUAAGCACUGAGGAAGAUUCAGAGACAUGUAAAACAGAGUUCCUACUGCACAGGCACCCAGCAGGUGGCCCAGGGAGGCAGAUACACAGCACACUUGACCACAGAACUGGACCAUCUGAGAUGUUUUUCAGUAAACAGAAGGCAUGUAGCUGAAAUGAUCAGCCCAUGUAGUGUUGGUCACUUGGGCCUUUCACCUGCCAUGGUACCUUUUGUUCCCAGCUCCUCCAGGUGCCAACCAGCAGGCUUGGUGACAGCAACUGGAAUGAAAAUUCGGUGUCGUUUUAAUUUUUAUACGUUACUCAGGUUUAUUUCUCAGAAAAUUGAAAACAGACCUUGUGCUGAGGACACUUCAAUAAAAAUUACACCUUCCCCUGC